GUGCGACUGCGCCAUGCACGAGGUUUGAGCUUGUUCGGGUCUUCAAAAAGCUGAUGUAAUACUCGAGAAGCAGGCUGAACGAAAGCAUUGGUAUAGAAAUCGACAUAUGAGCAGACUUUCAGGCUAAAAAUCGACCAUAUUUGCGAACAAACCCAUUCAGCUCGAAUUUCCAAGUGAUCAGCAGUUCAGUCUUUCAAAAUGUCAGAGGAAGAUCCUAUACUCAGUGAAUUGGCUUCCAAAAAGAAGAAGAAGAAGAAGAAGAUCCCAUUUGAACUGGAUUCUUUAGAAACUGGCGCUGCAGAAGGUUCGGCACCUGCUGAUGCUCCAUCAGACACUCCAGUUAAGGCUGACAAGGAGAACAAAGAGCCGGCAGAUGAUGAAACACUGGACCUGGAACUGGCUGGAAAGAAGAAACGGAAGAAGAAAUUUUUAGACAUGGCUAAACUAGACGCCGCAUUACCUGAGGUUGACCCCAGUAAUCAGGGAACAAAUGAAGGUUCUGCAUUAACUGAGGAUGCUCCCCCAGAGGAUGACGUUCUCGACUUUAAUCUCACGCAGAAGAAGAAGAAAAAGAAGAAGAAGGACAUAGAUGAAGAACUCGAGGGUGGAAAAAUGGAUAAAUCUGAGGAUGCAGAAAAUGAGUUGACCAACAAAUCCACUUGGUUCGGUGAUGACCGCGACUACACCUACGAUGAACUGCUAAAACGUGUCUUCAACAUCAUGCAUGAAAAGAACCCAGACAUGGCUCUCGGCAAGAAGCAGAAGUUUGUCAUGCGGCCACCCCACGUUGUGCGUAUCGGCACAAAGAAGACCUCAUUUGCCAAUUUCACGGAAGUGUGCAAAAUAUUGCAUCGGCAGCCGAAACAUUUGCUCGACUUCCUUCUUGCUGAGUUGGGCACCAGUGGGUCUGUGGACGGAAACAGCCAGCUGAUCAUCAAAGGUCGCUUCCAGCAGAAGCAGAUUGAAAUUGUGUUGCGUCGUUAUAUCAAGGAAUACGUGACCUGCCACACUUGUCGCUCUCCUAAUACCAUCCUGCAGAAGGACACACGAAUAUUCUUCCUGCAAUGCGAAGACUGUGGUUCUAGGUGCUCUGUGGCCAGCAUCAAGUCUGGUUUCCAGGCCGUCACAGGAAAACGAGCUGCAAUCAGAGCGAAAACAACGUGAAUCUGUUUUUAUGGUUGAGGGUCUUGCUGGUGUCCAGAGGGUGACUCAAGAUCUUAUUUACAGUAUCUCUAUAAUUUCUCAAAAAUUGAAAGGAAAAUUCUCAUUCUGUCUUGAUUUGAUAAAGGAUAAAUAAUGAAACAAUAGACCAGAAAUACACUACUUUAAAGUAACAGUCUUGUGUAAAUUUUUCACUUGUCCUGCUUGCAGAAAUAAAAUCCAUGUUAUACAACUUUCAUUAUUAA